AUAACAAAAUGAAGUUGAAAGCUGUGAUCAGUGCGCACCUAUUGAGGGGAGAGCCCCUUCAUUUCGCCAGCAAUCAAACAACAACUCAGAUCUAAUGGCCAUCCAAUUGAGAGCUUCUUCCUCAUUCUCUUCUGUUCCUUUUUCCACCCGUUCAUACACACACGAUGUGUUUCUGAGUUUCAGGGGCGAGGAUACUCGCUACGCUUUCACAGGUCAUUUGCACAGGUAUUUGGUUCAAAGGGGGGUCAACACCUUCCUAGACGAUGAGCUUACAAGAGGAGAAGAAAUAUCACAAGCACUUCUCCGAGCCAUUGAAGGAUCAAAGCUCUCCCUCAUCGUCUUCUCCGAAAACUAUGCAUCCUCAAAGUGGUGUUUGGAUGAGCUAGUUCAUAUCCUUGGAUGUAGAAGAUCAAAGAAGCAAAUGGUUCGGCCAAUCUUUUACAAAGUGGAUCCGUCGGACGUAAGACACCAAAGAGGCAAAUUUGGUGAGGCAGUUGCAGAGCAUGAACUCAGAUUCAAGGAUGACACGGACAAGGUGUUAAGAUGGAGAGCAGCUCUUUCAGAAGCAGCAAAUUUAUCUGGGUGGCAUUUCUCGGGCGGGUAUGAAUAUGAAUUUAUUGAUAAAAUUGUUGAAGAGAUUACCGCACAAGUAAAACAACCUAUCUAUUUGGAUAUGCCAAAGUGCCAAGUUGGGCUAGACUCUCGGGUAGAACAUAUACUUGAAAUGUUAGAUGUUGGCGGAAGUGAUGUACGCAUGGUAGGAAUAUGGGGAAUUGGCGGAAUAGGGAAGACAACAAUUGCUAAAGCUGUUCACAAUACAAUUGCCCGUAAGUUUGAUGGUAGCUACUUUUUGGCAAAUGUUAGAGAAGGUUCGGAGCAACAUGGAGGUUUAGUGAACCUACAAAAUAUUCUUCUCUCUAGCACUGUGGGGCAGAAAGAAUCGAAAAUAAACAACAUUCACGAAGGAAUCACUUUGUUGCGUGAGAAGUUGAGACAUAAAAUGAUUCUCUUAAUUGUUGACGAUGUGGAUAAUUUGGACCAGUUAGAGAAAUUAGCUGGGAGAACUGAUUGGUUUGGUCAUGGCAGCAGAGUUAUCAUAACAACAAGAGAUAAGCGUUUGUUGAUUGCUCAUCAAGUGAAACCAAUAUACGAGGUUCAUGGACUAGGUCAUCAUGAAGCUCUUAAGCUCUUCAGUUCAAAUGCCUUCAAGGAUAAUAAGAAUUUAGAUGAUAAUGAGAAACUGUCAGUUACUACUGUUGUUAAAUAUGCUGAAGGCAUUCCACUUGCACUGGAAGUUUUAGGUUCAUAUCUAUGUGAUACCUCUAUACAUAAAUGGCAAGUUAUGUUAGAUGGUUUUAAAAAGAAUCCUCCUAGGCACAUUCAAGAUAUUCUCAAAGUCAGUUAUGAUGGACUGGGAAAAAUAGAGAAAGAAGUUUUCCUCGACAUUGCUUGUUUCUUCAAAGGUUGGAAUAGAAAUGAUGUGAUACAAAUACUUGAAGGUUGUGACCGCAUUAACCCCGAGCAUAGUAUUAAAGUUCUCAAAGAAAAGGCGCUCAUAUAUGUUGAUGUGUAUGGUCAAAUUUGCAUGCAUGAUUUGUUGGAAGAGAUGGGAAAAGAUAAAGUUUUGCAAGAGUCUACAGAGCCCGGUAAGCGAAGCAGACUGUGGCAUCACAAGGAUGUGCAGGACGUUCUAACAGAAAACACGGGAACAAGUAAAAUUGAAGGCAUGAUGGUAAAGAUGCCCAAAGAAGAUGAGAUACGCUUGAGUCCUAAAUGCUUCAAAAAGAUGAGAAAUCUUAAAAUUUUUAUAAACAUCAAUGGACGGUUUUGUGGAAAUGUUGAUUAUUUUCCGAAUCAGUUGCGGUUACUUGAUUGGCCUGACUGUCCACUAAAAUCUUUGCCCUCCAAUUUUAAUACGAAGAAUCUAGUUCGACUUAGUAUGCCUUGCAGCCGCAUCUCACGUUUUGGAGAAGGAUUCAAGAGUAUGGAAAAUCUGAAAUCCUUAAAUUUGAAGAGAUGUGAAUUCCUACCAUCAAGCCCAGACCUGUCUGGAAGCCCAAACUUAGAGUUUCUGGAUCUAAGUUACUGUACAAGUUUAAAGAAGAUUCACCCUUCGGUUGGAUCCCUCAAAAAGCUUGUUCACCUGGAUCUUCAAGGAUGCUCUAAACUUCGGAUGCUACCUGGCGAAGUCAACUGGAGAUCCCUCCAAACCAUUAAUCUUAACCAUUGCAGAAUGCUGGAGAGUUUUCCUGAAAUUGUGGGAGAGAUGAAAUACAUGACAUCCUUGCAUCUAUUCAGCACUGGCAUCAAAGCAUUUCCUUCAUCCAUUGGAUAUCUAAUUAACCUUGAAUCGUUGAAGUUAUAUUAUUGUGGAAACCUCACAGAUCUACCUUGCAGCAUCUAUGAAUUGCAAAAUCUGAAGGAGGUUGAUUUGUACUGCUGCCCAAAACUCGUAAGAUUCCCAAAUAAGGGGGACUCUGAAGUGCUUCCAACUUACUCAAAGGUUUCACAUGACAAAGGAUGCAAUUCAAUGGAGCCGCACAAUUUGGCACUACGUCGAUUCACCGCGGGAGGAUGCGCCACUUUAUCUAAUACUGAUUUCCUUGCGUCCCUUAAUUGGGCACCCACUCCACGUGAAAUUGAUUUAUCAGGAAGCGCCAUUGUUACUCUUUCCGAAUGCAUCAACAAAAUUGGCUGCUUGAGGGAACUCAAUUUGAGCGGCUGCAGGAGGCUCGUAGAAAUUCCAGAGCUUCCACCAAGUAUUGAAUGGUUGGACGUGAGUGAUUGCGUAUCAUUGGAAAGAAUUUCGAAGCUGUCAAACAUUUUGGAGCGUAAAGAAUCACAAAUGAUUGAGGAGAUGGACUUGACUAAUUGCUGGAGACUCUGUCAAAAUUUGGUUCAGAUGGCAAACAAGGAUGAGUUGGACGCUGAUCUCUUCUCUCGACUCCUAUCUUCUCAGCAAUCCGAAUUCACAAUUACAUUUCCAGUUCCAAGAAGCGAGGUUCCAAAGUGGUUCAGCUGUCAAAUGGAUUUCAUGGGGCAUCGACGGUUUGAAUUUUGUGUUGAAACACUUGCAAAUUUCAAAUGGGACAACACAGGAUUGGCUCUUUGUGUUGCUGUUGAUCAAAAGCUGCAAUAUACCGAUUUUGCGGUCUAUAUUCACAUCAAUGAAGUACGUGUUCCAAGUUCAUAUUCAGAGCAGUUGGUUGAUACAGCAGAGUCGGAUCAUGUGUGGCUGCUCUAUGUUCCCUUCCUUGAAAUGUGGCGACUUGGUUAUAUGCGUCCAUUGCCCCCUUUUACGUGUCGAGUCAUUAUUUAUAUUGACUAUCCCUCUCAGUCCAUAAAAAGCUGUGGGGUCCACCUUGUAAUGCCACCCAAUGGAGACGUUUGUAUGAAGCUAAUCCGUGCAGAGAACCUCACCGAUAAAUAUCCUUCUGAUGAUGAAGUUUAUGAGGACUUCUGGGACAAUUAUCGUCCCAAACAGAGGACUGACUGCAAAGAAUUAUAAGUAAACUCUGCAUUAUUAUGUGGAUCAGAAGUUUGUUGAGAACAUAGCUUCAACAUUGGAGAAGAAGGUUCAGUUGACAUAGCAUUGGAGUUUUCAAUAAAGUGGGACUCCAAGGCCUUUGAACAAAGGAUGUCUAAACCUCCUGCAUUUAUACAGUGCAAGCCAUGAAAUCUUGGAUAUGUAUAGGGUUUCAGGCUCAAGCAUCAAUCUGUGUAAGCAAAGCUAUGAAAUGGUGGGAGAAAACCCUAAAACUGAACAUGGUGGAGAUCCAUUCUGCUAAGAACUCAUUGAUUCUUUGCAUAAUGCUGGUGAUAGAUUGGUUGUAGUGGAUUUUUAUUCACCUGGUUGUGGAGAUGGUAGAGCUCUCCUUCCCAAGAUUAGAAUACAAGCUUUCCUUAUCCUGGGUUUCCCCCCCCCCCAUUUUCAUUUUACAAUCUUCCUACUAUGCUAUCUCAGUAGGAAAACCCACCUAGGGAUUUGCAACCUCUGCUGUUGCAGCCACAAUUAGCUUCAAAUCAUAGUCAUGCUCAACCAGAUAAGCAUACAUUCUCUAUAAGCAAGUUGGCAAAUCUGCAGAAGGGCCUAACAAAAGCAAAAGCGGCACCUCUCUUGGACAAGCUUGUUUUUGACAAGAUAAAACAAGAGCUAGGAGGACAAGUUCGUAUAAUGUUUGUCUGGUGCUGCACCUUUGCCCAGGCAUGUGGAGGAAUUUAUCAGAAGGAUAUGGCCUUACUGAAAGCUGUGGUGGGUGUUUUACGUCCCUUGGCAAUGUUCACCCUAUGAUUGGAACUGUUGGUACUCCCCUGACAACUGUUGAAGCGCGGCUUGGGUCGGUCCCAGAACUGGGAUAUGAUGCACCUUCUAGUGUGCCAUGUAGAGAGAUUUUCCUAAGAGGAAAAAACCUUGUUUUCAUUGAACGUGCAAAUAUUAAACUGAAUGAAGAGAAAAGUGCACGGAAGUAGCAACAAAAUCCAUCACCACUCAUGGAUUUUGGUUUCAUGGUACUUUGCCUAAUUUGAUUACCUUUGCCUGAUUAAA